CGCCGCCAUUGCAGGCCAGGGCAGGAAGCAGAGGCAGAGCUCCGCCAUGGCAGGUCGGGGCGGAAGCAGAGGUAGGGCGCCGCUUUGACGGAUGGGCGCAAAAAGCAAUAGGGCCGCUUGGCCGCUGUGUGAACGGAAUAAACAAGGCAGGGAGGACGCCGCCAUGACAACCUGACACCGGAAAAGGCGGGGCGCUCCUCCGGACUGAUUCUCCUGGCACCUGCCUUGACAUGCAGGCGGCGCUGGAGGUUACUGCCCGCCACUGCGGCCGGGAGCUGGACCAGUACGGCCAGUGUGUGGCUGCCAAGCCAGAGUCCUGGCAACGGGACUGUCACCACCUCAAAAUGAGCAUCGCUCGAUGCACCUCUAACCACCCAGUCAUCCGUCAGAUCCGCCAGGCCUGUGCAGAGCCCUUUGAGGCCUUUGAGGAGUGUCUUCGGCAGAAUGAGGCAGCCACAGGCAACUGUGCGGAGCAGAUGCACCGCUUCCUGCAGUGCGCUGAGCAGGUGCAGCCAGCGAACCCACCUGCAACUGUGCAGGCACAGCCACUUCCUGCCUCCUGAGGACUCUGGACCAUGUGAAAACUGGACAGGAGAGACUGGCCACUUACUGCCCCCAGCCCUGAAGAGUGAGUGACCAGAUGCUAUACUGAGGGCCCUGGAUAUGGGCCCAGUCUCUGGAUAUCGGGACUCAAUAAAUAAAGACUGUGUACACCAGG